CCUCGAACCAAACGAAACGCCCCGGAGGGCCGAACCCCACAAACCCAAAACCAAAACAAAAACACAAAAACACAAAAACAAAAAAACCAAAAACAACAAAAGCAGAAACGAAAAACAAAAACGGAAUAUUGUUUUGAAAAAUUACGCUAAGCUCUUGGCCUCUAGUUCGCGUUUGUAUAUAUAGCAACACAAAUUUUAAGUCCAUAGAUCGAGACGACCACCUUAUAAACCCUAUAUUUUGCAUCCUGUUUCGAUCGGAUUAUCGCGGGAAGCCUGCAUUGCGCUGAUCCGAUCGGAAUUCGAAAGCUUUGAUCUUGUUGGUUUCGUUUGAAUUCAGCGCGGACUCGGGCUUCAGAUUUUCGAGCUCGACGAAUCCGUGUUUUUGUCUGUUGCAUUGUGCGGAUCUGAUCGGGCAUUUUAACGGCUGUGUCUCUUCGUUUCCGUUCUGAAUCUGCCAAUGGUGGAUGUUUCGCUGGCUGGGGAUCCUUAAGGCGUUCACAUUUGGUGAUUUUGAGGAUCUGCAUUCUGCGCCGUUCUUGGUGUAAUUUAGUGCAUUAAUGUGUUUGAUAUACUGAGAAUUGGAGACGGGGAGUAGUCAUAUUCGAGUUGAGGUUGUGAGAUGGAUUCUUUAUCAGCGAUCAGCGAGGAGCUGGCGGAGAUAGAUGGACAAAUCAGCGAUAUAUUUCGAGCUUUAUCAAAUGGGUUUCAGAAGUUGGAGAAGAUUAAGGACUCGAAUAGGCAGAGCAGGCAGUUGGAAGAGCUUACUGAGAAGAUGCGAGAGUGCAAGAGGCUUAUUAAAGAGUUUGACAGAGAAGUGAAGGACUUGGAGAGGAGAAAUGAUCCAGAUACAAACAGAAUGCUUGGUGAGAAAAAACAGUCAAUGAUCAAAGAGUUAAAUUCGUAUGUUGCUCUAAAAAAGCAAUAUGCAACCAAUCUUGAAAACAAGCGAGUUGAUCUCUUUGAUGGGCCUGCAGAAGGGUUUGGGGAAGAAAAUGUCUUGCUUGCUUCAUCUAUGACAAAUCAACAGCUGAUGGAUAGAGGAAACCAGAUGAUGGGUGAAACCGAUCAAGCCAUUGAGAGGUCAAAAAAGGUUGUUCAAGACACCAUUGAUGUUGGAACUGAUACGGCAGCAGCUCUCAAGGCGCAGUCAGAACAAAUGAGUAGGAUUGUGAAUGAGCUGGAUUCUAUCCAUUUCUCAAUCAAGAAAGCUUCUCAAAUGGUCAAGGAAAUUGGUAGGCAGGUUGCAACUGAUAAGUGCAUUAUGGCGUUGCUUUUCAUUAUUGUCAUCGGUGUCAUAGUCAUUAUUAUUGUGAAGCUUGUGAACCCAAAUAACAAGGACAUUCGAGAUAUUCCGGGAUUAGCACCACCAGCACAAAAUCGAAAGUUGCUUUGGAAUCCUAAUUGAAAUGUUCUCGAAGUGGACCUUGUGUUGUUGAAAAUUGAUGUGCAAUUUGACUAGGUGGAAUAUUUGCCUUGGGCUCGUGAUGCUGUUGGUGGUGCUCACUGCAAUGCAACCCAAUGUGGUUGAAAUGAGUACAUUUGCCGAAGUCAUCCAUAUCGUUGGCCAAUUUUUCUGUGGGCUUGGUGAGAUGCUUCACUGUAUGAUACCUAUCUCGAUUUAAAUACAUGUACUUCUGUAUUUAUUCAUACUCCCACCUUGUAUAAUCACUGUAUGAUACUUGUCUCGAUUGCUUGGUUGGCUUAUUUUUUUAGUCAAAUUAUUUGGGUUUAUGUUUAAUUUAAUUGUAAGACUUGAUGGGCUAAUAGACCAUUGUACUUUGCUUUUAUAUUUCAGUUUAUUAUCCUUUCUGUUUUCUAAAA